AUGGAAGGAGGAGUCGAAGAAGGCUCAAACCCCAAGACUCACCCCACUCAAAACGACGCCGUCCCCCGCUCCUCCAAGCGAAAAACCUCGAAACGAAGACCAAUCUGCAUCUGCAUCGCCACCACACUCGCCAUCCUCAUCCUCCUCAUCCUAAUCAUCACCAUCCUCGCCCUCACCGUCUACAAAGCCAAGCGCCCCGUCAUCACCGUCUCCUCCGUCUCCCUCAACGACUUCGAUUUCGACGUCGACUUGCCGCUCAAAAUCCACCUCAACCUCAGCCUCGACGUUGACUUGACCGUCAAGAACCCCAACAAAGUCGCCUUCCGCUACACAAACACCUCCGCAUUGCUCAAAUUCGAGGACAACGUCAUCGGCGAGGUCCCCUUGCCAGCUGGCAAGAUCAAGGCCAGCGGAUUUACGCCGUUGAAUUUGACGCUCACGGUUAUGGCCGAUAGGCUGUUAUCCGAUUCGGAUGUUUAUUCGGACGUGUUUAAAUCAGGCACGCUUCCGGUGUCGACGACGACGAGGAUCAAAGGGCGUGUGAGGAUAUUGCAUUUGUUUGAUAUUCAUGUGGUUUCGUAUAGUUAUUGCGAUAUUAAUAUUGGUAUUUUGAGUAGGAGUAUACAGAAUCAGACUUGUCAGUAUAAGACCAAAUUAUGA